AUGCUAACCUGGAGUAGGGUUUCACACUUAAUAGGACAAGUUUUGACCUGCGUGGAUGAGAAAAUCUACUAUGCGACCGCAUACUGGAUGCCUGCUGAAAAGAAGGUGCAAGUCAAAAACGUAAUGGACAAGAAUGGGGAUGCCUAUGGCUUUUACAAUAACUCCAUGAAUACCACAGGCUGGGGCAUCCUGGAGAUCAGAGCUGGGUAUGGUUCUCAGGCUCUGAGCAAUGAGAUCAUCAUGUUUGUGGCUGGCUUUCUGGAGGGCUACCUCACUGCCCCACAGAUGUAUGACCACUAUACCAACCUCUACCCACAGCUGAUCAAGAAAGAGCCCAUCAUGGAUAAAGUGCGGAAUUUUAUGAUGAAACAAGAUGAGUGGGCCCGGAAGAACAUUAAAGAGUAUAAGAAUGACCCCUUUUGGAGACAUACCGGCUAUGUUAUGACACAAAUGGAUGGGCUAUAUGUAGGAGCAAUGAAGAGGGCUACAGUAGAAGGAACAAAGCCCAUGAACCUGUUCCAGAUUCAGUUCCUAAAUGCUGUUGGAGACCUACUGGAUCUGAUUCCCUCAUUCUCUCCUACAAAAAACACCAGCCUGAAGUUUUAUAAGAGAUGGGACAUGGGACAUUGCUCUGCUCUUAUCAAGGUUCUUCCUGGAUUUGAGAACAUCUUUUUUGCUCACUCAAGCUGGUACACGUACGCAGCCAUGCUCAGGAUAUAUAAGCACUGGGACUUCAAUAUCAAAGAUCCCGACACCAGCAGCAGUCGCCUUUCUUUCAGCAGUUACCCAGGGUUCCUAGAGUCUCUGGAUGACUUUUACAUUCUUAGCAGUGGUCUGAUAUUGCUGCAGACCACAAACAGCGUAUAUAAUAAAACUCUACUAAAGAAAGUGAAACCUGAGACUCUUCUGGCCUGGCAAAGAGUCCGCAUAGCCAAUAUGAUGGCAAAUAGUGGCAAGAGCUGGGCAGAGAUCUUUUCAAAAUACAACUCCGGUACUUACAACAACCAGUACAUGGUCCUGGACUUGAAGAAGGUAAAGCUGAACAAGAAGGUAAAGCUGACCCGCAGUCUUGAUAAAGGCACUCUGUACAUCGUGGAACAAAUUCCUACAUAUGUAGAAUAUUCUGAACAAACUGAUGUUCUACGGAAAGGAUACUGGCCCUCCUACAACAUUCCUUUCCAUGAUAAAAUCUACAACUGGAGUGGUUAUCCACUGCUAGUUCAGAAGCUGGGUUUGGACUUUUCUUACGAUUUAGCUCCACGAGCCAAAAUCUUCCGGCGUGACCAAGGGAAAGUGACUGACAUGGAAUCCAUGAAAUAUAUCAUGCGAUACAACAAUUAUAAAAAGGACCGUUACAGUAAAGGUGACCCCUGUAAUACCAUCUGCUGCCGUGAGGACUUAAACUCACCUAACCCAAGUCCUGGAGGUUGCUAUGACACAAAGGUGGCAGAUAUUUACCUAGCCUCUCAGUACACAGCCUAUGCCAUUAGUGGUCCCACAGUACAAGAUGGCCUCCCUGUCUUUCACUGGAACCGCUUCAACAAAACUGUCCACCAGGGCAUGCCAGAGGCCUACAAUUUUGAUUUUAUUACCAUGAAACCAGUUUUGAAACUUGACAUAAAAUGAAAGAGGGAGAUGAGGAACACAAGGAAAUAGAAAAUGGCAAAGAAGAUAACAAAGGCAUUAUUUAGUUUUUCCUGUAAAAAUUACUGUUAAUAAAAUAUAUUAAAGUCA